UUGGCUGCUGCUGCCGAGGACACCAUGAGCCAGUCUGGGUCCGUGAGCUGCUGCCCUGGUGCCGCCAAUGGCAGCCUGGGCAGGUCGGAGGGUGUGGCCAAGAUGAGCCCCAAGGACCUGUUUGAGCAGAGGAAAAAGUACUCCAACUCCAACGUCAUCAUGCACGAGACCUCCCAGUACCACGUCCAGCACUUGGCCACCUUUAUCAUGGACAAGAGUGAGGCCAUCGUGUCCGUGGACGAUGCCAUCCGGAAGCUGGUGCAGCUGAGCUCCAAGGAGAAGAUCUGGACACAGGAGAUGCUGCUGCAAGUGAAUGACAAGUCGCUGCGGCUGCUGGACAUCGAGUCCCAGGAGGAGCUGGAGAACUUCCCCCUGCAGACCGUGCAGCACAGCCAGACGGUGCUGAACCAGCUGCGCUACCCCUCGGUGCUGCUGCUGGUGUGCCAGGACCCCGAGCAGAGCAAGCCCGACGUGCACUUCUUCCACUGCGACGAGGUGGAGGUGCGGCCCGCGUGGGAGGGCGUCCUCACACUGCGAGCACGGCCCCCACCUGAGGGCGAGUUUGUGGACUGUUUCCAGAAAACCAAGCUGGCCAUCAACCUGCUGGCCAAGCUGCAGAAGCACAUCCAGAACCCCAGCGCGGCCGAGCUCGUGCACUUCCUCUUCGGGCCUCUGGACCUGAUCGUCAACACCUGUGGUGGCCCAAACAUCGCACGCUCCGUCUCCAGCCCCUUGCUCUCCCGAGAUGCCGUGGGCUUCCUGCGUGGCCACCUGAUCCCCAAGGAGAUGUUGCUGUGGGAGUCGCUGGGGGAGACCUGGACUCGGCCCCGCGCCGAGUGGCCACAGGAGCCGCGGGUGCCCCUCUACGUGCCCAAGUUCCACAGCGGCUGGGAGCCGCCCCUGGACGUGCUGCAGGAGGCCCCCUGGGAGGUGGAGGGGCUGGUGUCCGCCCCCAACGUCGAGCCUGCUCCGGCAAGCCGGAGACUAUCCUUACGAAACUCCCAGAAGCACAGCCAUGCUUUGGAGCCCACACCCCCAGGGGACACUCUACCACCAGUCAGCUCCGCACAUGCUCACAGGGGCUACCAGCCAACACCAGCCAUGGCCAAGUACGUCAAAAUCCUCUACGACUUCACAGCCCACAACGCCAACGAAUUGUCGGUGCUCAAGGAUGAGGUCCUGGAGGUGCUGGAGGACGGGCGGCAGUGGUGGAAGCUGCGCAGCCGCAGCGGCCAGGCGGGCUACGUGCCCUGCAACAUCCUGGACGAGGUGCGGCCCGAGGACGCGGGCGCCGCCCUGGAGCAGGCCAGUGCGAAAUACUGGGGCCCCGCCAGCCCGACCCACAAGCUGCCUGCGACCUUCGCGGGGAACAAGGACGAGCUGAUCCACCAGAUGGACGAGGUCAACGACGAGCUGGUCAGGAAGAUCAGCCACAUCAAGGAGCAGCCGCCCCGGCACCUGCGCGUGGAGCGCGCGCUGCCCACGCGCCCGCCGCUGUCCUACGAGUCGGGCCCCGGCGAGGUCCGCGCCUGGCUGGACGCCAAGGCCUUCAGCGCCCGGACCGUGGAGAACCUGGGCAUCCUGACCGGGCCGCAGCUCUUCUCGCUCAGCAAGGACGAGCUGAGGAAGGUGUGCGGGGAGGAGGGCGCCCGCGUGUACAGCCAGCUCACCGUGCAGAAGGCUCUCCUGGAGAAGCAGCAAAGCGGGUCGGAGCUGGAGGAACUCAUGAGCAAGUUUCAUUCCAAGAACCAGAGGAGGGCGGAGGACAGCUAGACCCGGCCGCCCCGCAGCGCCUCGCCUGCAGCGGGGGGCGGCCGCACCUGCAGCGGCCCCUAAGCGCACGGAGUAUUAUUUUUGUAUGUGUAUGUAUUUUGUACCAAGGACACGGAUGGGCUGUGGUGCCGGGUGAGGGCCCCGCACCCGCCUGGCACAUGGCCUGUCCUCAGGCCCAGGGAUACCCACUGCCCCAGCCCACACCAAGGCGGACCUCAGCCAAACCUGGGACCCUUGGUGCCAACCCCACCUCUGCCUGCCCUGAGGCCACAGGACCCCCCAGGAGGGGUGGGGCCUCGUCCUCUGUGAUGCCCCCCUGUCUUCACCUGCUCCUACGUCGACCUGUACGCAGCCGCACCCCCAUGCCCCAGAGUAGGCCAGAGCUCCGCCCCGGCCGGGCUGGUGACCUGGCCUCCAGAUGUGCCCGCCACACCCACCCCUUGUGCUGCUCCACAAGGGUGGCCGGGGCUCCAGCACAGGAGGCCCUGGGUGCUGUGCUGGGGUGGGGCGCACGCUCACCCCCUCCCCGUCAAGGACUGAGGAUGCGCUGGACACGAGCGCUGGCUUCAGACACCCCUGCCACCUACCCCACAGAGCCCGCGACAGGAACUCUCUCUGACCAAGUCCCAGGCCAGCUGAGUCCUGCGUGCUGUGCAGGGGGCUGGGGUGUCUUGGAGCUCUGGACCCAGAGUCACACCCCAGAGCUGAGAGGUGGCCGAGGCUCCACAGCUAAGUCAUUAAACCGGUUG